CAAAAGGUGAGCAGAACGACAAGCUGUACUUUCCUUUUUUUUCGUUUGUGAACCAUACAUCAACCUGCUUAGAUAGUAAUGACCAUGCGUCUUCAAAAGGAGCCAUCAUGAUCGACUCCAUCUAUCAGCUGUACCAGGUUGCCAGUCCCGAGGCCCUCGAUAAUUUUCAAGGCCGAAUUCUGUGCUUCAGCAUGGCACACGACGCCCAUCAAUUCAUCAUCUAUGGACAUUUUUUCGUGAAAUAUGAAGUUGGGAAGCAAACUGGCUAUUAUCGUGACCCAAUUCUCCACACUCGCCUGGACGAUGACAUGAAACCUUGUUAUGGAGGCUCAGCGUGUGGGAAUAGCAAGGCAGUUGCCAUAAUGCGCCAUAUAUAUCGGGGCUUUUACCUCACCCUCCAACGCCGUAUUGUGAAUCUUCCGUUCCAGCCGCUGAACGUGGAUUCUGUGAAAGACCAUGUGGAAGUUGGCCAAGAUUUUAUUUGCCCAACGCUUAGCAAGAGACGAGCGAUAUCUCCAUUGAAAUCGAACUAUUCUGAACCAGUGGCGGGGCUAGGUAGUACUGAUGCCGGGGAAAGGCAGGACGAGGCUGGCGAUAACAAGCUUCCCACAGUUUCAGGGGUUCACAGGGAAGACGAUGCUUGGCUUGAGGAAGAGAUCCAGAGAAUAGUGGCUUACUAUGACGAAAAAUUCCGCAUCAUCAUUGACGACUAUGAAAGCACUUUGAAACUCACAAAAAAGUCUUUGGAGGCGCAAUUGAAAGACAACGACGAAAGAUUGAAGGAAUUGACUUCUGAUGGCAAUGAACAACGGUAUGACCUCAAAGACCAGCUGCAAGUCUUGGGACAACAAUGCCGCCAGAUGGUGGAAAAAGAUAUAGCACAGAAAUGUUAAUGGUCUAAUUGCAACUGUCACAGGGAUCAGCAGUGUAAGACACUCUAAUAGGAUCACGAGAUAGCAACCUGAAGUCAGAGAAACCAGUACAUUCUCUAAGUAUUCUUCAUAUCUUGCCCAAAUGCAUCAUCAAGGUACUGAACAGGCCACCUGCACGCUGGCUGUGUGCGGACUCAAGCACCUGUGUUUCCAGACCAAUUAACUAAACAGCCCUUCG